AAUAUAUAUGCGCCUAAAAGCCAGGUCCUCUGCCCUUAUAAAUCGGUCUUAUGGUACUCAUGCCGGCAUGGCGGCACGACUACUAGGACGACACUGUGUAUCUCGCUAAGGGAUCUCGCCGUGAAUUUAAUCAACAUUUACUGCUGGUGUACGUGGCACCCGAGGAAUAGCAACUCAAGCCUGGGCUUCAAGUCGCCUGGAUAGGACAGACUCGCCGCCAACGCGUUCGCUUUCCUUCCAACAACGACCAGCAUUACGCGAAUCCACAUAAUCGUUGCAGCCACUUCCCCAGUAUCCCUACCUGCGCCAGUGGUCCAGACACCAGCUAGCAGCACCGCUCCUACACCUGCUACCCAUCACACAUCUCCACGGCCAGUCCAGUUAACACCCAGCCUCGCAUGCUAUGCUGCAUUUCAAGCUUCCAGCCUCCUGGUUGCCGCCCACUGCAUCCUCCCGCUCCUCGUCAGCUUCAGGAGACCAGCCGCCAGCCGCAUCCGCACCGCCACUUCCCCAACCGCACCCAACCGCUAGCCACACCAUGAACCCAGCAAUCUACGGUUUCGCAGCAAUACACCACAAUGAGGAGGCGGCGGCACCCGGAACCAGCAAUCCAGAAGCGCCUACGCCGGCAGAAGCAACACCGCCGCCGCCAGCAGCAGCAGCAGCGGCGCUGUUGGGAGCGAUGGAGGUGGAGGAGGUGGUGGUGGAGCCUGCUGGUGCUACAGCCUGGCGUGGUGGAGCCAACAAGGUGUCGCCAACAGCAGCGGCAGUGGCAUCAGGCGUCGCUAUGAAACCGGAUGCCUCCCCAGCCCCUAGAUCCAUCAUCAGCAAGCGCUGCGUCAUCAUCAUCUUCGCGGCGCUGGCAGCCUUCUGGCUGGCGGCAGCGGGCGGGGUGCUGGCAGGCGUGCUGGUCACCCGCUUCAGGCACAAGGGCCACGCGGCGCAGCCCCAAGAGCUGCCGGGCUUCCCGUACCAGCAGUGCUCCGCGGGCCCUUCGCCGUACAGCCUGGCUCCUGCCGUACGCAUGCUGGGUCCGGGACAGUACUGCUUCCGACUGAACACCAGCGGAGCGGUUGGCUCCACAGCCGCUGCUGCUGCUGGUGGUGGCGGCAGUGGAUGCAGCGGCUACUGCUGUGCUGAGGCGGACCUGCAGACGAUAGAGUUCGACGUGUACAGCGCCUGCAACGUCCCUGGCGUUGACGUGCGCGCCACCGUCAACGGCGUGCCGACCCGCGUCACCCCCGCCUUCACCUCCCCCGCCCAGGGCCCCCCAGACAGCACCCUGCUGCGCCUCAGCGGCCUGGGCCUCAACCGCGCCAGCGAGGGCGCCGAGGUCUGCCUCUUCCUCAAACCCAACCGUCAGGGCCUGGGGUGCACCAGUCUGGAACAGCUCUGUACGGCACCGGGGGACAUGGCAGUGGGGGUGUGUUCCGUGGCGUUGUUGGAUUUCCAAAACGCUUGCUGCCCUGUGUCACUGGUGAACAGAGGGAGCAGCGGCGGCAUGACAGCAGUGGCAGGGGCGCUACCACCACCUCCUACCUCGUUGCGGCCGACUUCCCCGCCCCCGCCGCCACCCCCUCCUCCAACGUCUUCUGUUCCUCCUGCUCGUCCUUCUCCUUCUCCUACCCCCUCCUCCUGCGCGGUAUGCAUAUACUACACGGUGACUUAUUACAGCGGAUACAGCCAGUACAUUACCGGCUCCGUAUGCAAUUCCGUCGCGGGCAGCAUAAACGCUGACAUCGGCUCUUUCGUCACGGGCACCAAGUUUGUGCCCACUGCAUGUGGCCAGAAUUCGACGACGUUCUGUGGCACCUUCGCUUCCUACUCCGAAGCAGCCAACCUGCAAUUCUACCUAAGCUACCAGGUCAAGCAGUGGGCGUCGUACAUGUACACAUCUAGCUGGUACUGCAGCACUGUAGUAGUGACCGUGGGAGCGCCGAACAGUAAUCCGCUGUACCCGGCGCCUACAUGCGUUUCAGCAGCGUACCAGCGGGACUGCUAAGGAAGCACAGGUGCAAGGGAAGGGUACUCUUCACUCUUGUUGGCUGAUACGCGCAGGGGCGUUUGCAGUGUCCAGCCAUGGACCGUUAUAAGCAAAGUUGUGGGGCCGGUAAAGUGUGAAUAACGCUGUCCAUUGCUUAGGUCGCAAGGGAGCCGCCGCUGAGUUGGAGGUGUCCUGCAUGUAUGCUGUGGGCUGAUCCGGAUAGUGAUCUGCCCUACCAUUAUUGUUGGACCCAUGAUUUGCAUGCAUGCAUGUUUGUAUGCAUCGACGAACGUAUGGUUGCUGCCUGUUUUGAUUGUAUCCCUAGAGCAUUCGUACCGUUUCUUGGCCGCAGUAAUGUGGCAUGUGAGGACCGUGGAGCGCGCAGUGUAGGUCGAGCGUGCAGUUGAAAUGAUGUGUCCUGGCGCAACACACUGAGCGUUUACAUGUGCGGGUGAAGCAAGACCGGAAGAAGAAGGAGAUCCGUUUGCUUGUAGGUGCGCGACAUCCUCAUAAAUAGGGACCUGGGCGUUUAAUAUCCCACGGCGUGCUCAUAAUAAGCACUGUUAGAAGCGAACUGCUAGUACGUACAUCAAAACAACCGUGCGCUCCUCCUGUGUGCACGCACGAGCUCUCCGCCGCUCAGCCGAGCGGUUGAUCCAUG